AUGGCUCCACCAAAACCUCCAAAGAGUCCUUCUAUUAAUCCAACAUCUACUCUCCCACCGUCUUCUCGAGGAAUCUCAAUUACCAUACCACAAUCAAAGCCGGGAUAUGAAAAGCCCAUUAGAAAUUCUAAAACUCCGUUUUCUGUUGACGAAUAUGAAGUAUUUAAAGUUUCAAACAAGCUUGGCUUCAAAAUUCCCGAAUAA